CUUCAAGUAAAUCUAAAAAUGACGGUAAUGGAGGCUUGCAUGAAAGCACUCAGGAAAAUGGUGGAACCUUGUCUAAGAGUGCCUUUUGUGAUCGUAAUUGAUUGGUACUUCGAGAAAUUGGAUUUGAGUAAUCUUGGUUCUGUCUUAAGGUUCUCUCCAGGAUUUCUGAUAUUGCUGCCAUUUCUAUUUUUUGGUACUGUUGGAAAUUAUCUGUUUACAUAUGGGUUUCUAAUAAUCUUCAAUGUUGCUAUUCUUGGUGUUUAUAUCGUUCUUGGUGCAUAUUUACCAUGGCUUGAACUAGAGGAUUUAAUGACUUCGGAUGUGAGGAAAUUUUAUGUGGAUGGCCUUAUGUUUUACCAAUUUUUGAUUUUUAUGAUGGGUUUAAAUAGCAACAGCAUUCACGAACUGCAUUCAGUGUAUAAAACCCUGCUGUUUGCUAUAAUGACUGCCAUUCUUAGUCAUGUUAGCUGGGGUUUUGUGGUUGGUUUUUGGUACUAUCUGGCUUCGGAGAUGUUUGGUGUUCACAAGAAAUUGAAAAUAUCUUUCAAGGAAGCUGUGUAUUUUGUGAAAAAUUUUGGUUAUGUCAGUACAGUUGUGUAUUUUUAUCAAAAUAAAAAAAUCUCAUUGGUAUUGAGACUUUUUUGGUUGGUUGCUAUGGUAGCAAGUUUCAUCUCCCAAAAACAAGCAAAGUUUAAUUUCAUGUGGUUUUUCAUUUGCACUGGUAGUGCGUCAAACUCAAGCUUACGUUUAUUUUCUCUUGCACUAUGGAUACCAGAAAUUUCCUUUUUCAUAUUGUGGUCAUCACAAGCAAUUCUUAAGUGGUCCAUCAAUCACACAGUACAAGAUAUGGACCAAUACAAUAUUGGAAAGGCAUUCAUUUUCUUUUUCAUUGCCAGUUUCAACGCAAUCUUGCAUGUGGAAUUAAUUCAAAGAAUAUUCAUCAUUAGUCUCCUGUUUUUUAUAUGUUUCUCGUACAUAAUGCAAAGUGUUCAUAAACUCUGUGAUGAAACGCUAAUGGGAUUAUCAACAUCUACACAUCCUAACCUCUAUGCACACGUCCGAGCAAUAUUGUUAACGUUAUGUCUGAUCUGGGCUCUUGUGUACGUCAGCUGGAUAUUUUGUUAUCAGUUUCAAUUUCAAACUUGGCAAUUGGUGAUUGUUUCAACAAAUAUUGUCACAUGUGUGCAAACUUUAAGCACUUUGGCAAUAUACGCAUUGUUUAUGUACGACCUCAGGUCUAGGAAUAAUCUUGAAAAUCUUGACGAUUGGGUGUAUUGUCUCAAUGGCAUCUCAAAAUUACUGGAAUUCUUAUCUGCAUUUCUCCUUCUGGGUUUUGGAUUGUGGGAUACUAUUCAAGGAAGCUGGAGUAUUUUUGGUCUGUUGAUAAUCAUAGUUCAUAGCUACCACAAUGUUUGGGUCGCAGGAAUGAAUGGAUGGAAGACAUUUCUCAGUCGACGAAAUGCUAUGAAGAAGUUGAAGCAACUUUCUGAUGCUACAAAGGAUGAAUUAGAAAAUCUUCAAGAUCUUUGUGCUAUAUGUUUUGAAUCCAUGUCAAGUGCCAAGGUUACAGAAUGCGGACAUUACUUUCACGCAAGUUGCUUACAAAAAUGGUUGUAUCGACAGUCUACAUGUCCUCUUUGCCAUAAAGAUAUUUUGCUGAUCAGUAACGAGAAAGAUUGACAACUACUGAAUCACAUACAACGCAUUGCUGCAGUUGGAUGACCAAAGAGAUGAAACUCUUAAUUUGAUCCUAAAGAACCUGUACAUAAGGCCAUCUCUAACAUAGAUCACAUGACAGUGUCAAACGUACAGAUAGUACCAGACUGCGCGUACUUUAUUCACCCAGGAUUGCCUAUAGAUUAUGCAUUCGGGUAGUUAAUAAUAGAUUUUCAAACAGCGGAAGUAGUGCGUAUGCGUCAUAGAUCGCGGUCUGAAGAUGCAUUUGAAAAUUCAACGCGUCAUCGUCAGCGUCAAAAGCUUGGCGAAACAUUGAGCUACCAUUGCGUGCUGCACCUUCAAAAAGAAAUAUCUCUUCAACUCCAAGGGGAAUGGUUGCGUCAUAGAUCACGAUCUGAAGAUGCAGUUCAACUUUCAAACAAAGCAACCCGUCUAGGUCAUCAUCAAAAGUUGUUCAUCCAGUAUACAAGUCACAAAAUGCUUGUCGCUCUACGUCACGGAAAGAACAGUCAAACAUAUAUAUUCACAUUUGGCCAGUGCUUUAAAAUCCACGAUACCAAUAUCCCAUCUUUGUCGCCAAUAUAAUAUCUCAACCUUCUACUUUUCGACACACGGUUGACACGGUCGUAUGUUAUUAGUCUUGUUACAAAUAUGCCGUCUUACAUACAUAGGUGCAGCUAAUCACGUACAUUUAUUACUUCUAGUGUUUAAUGACUGGUCACUACAAAUGUGUUGAUACUAAAUUAAAAAUUGUUUUUCUACUGAAUUCUUUUGCAUUAGAUUGGAAUAAAAUGAUGUUAUUUUUCGCUUACAUUUUUAUGUGGUAUCUAACUGUUGAUGAUAUCAUUUGGCAUUAACAAAAUUAAAAGUUAUAAAAUGAA